UUUCUGACAGUCAACGACACUGAGAGGUGAAAUGGCGCAGAAAGGAGUUCAGCUGGACCGGGAAACCUUCUCUUGUUCGAUCUGUCUGGAUCUACUGAAGGAUCCUGUGGCUACUCCCUGUGGACACAGCUACUGCAUGAACUGUAUUAAAAUCCACUGGGAUCAAGAGGAUGUGAAGAGAAUCCACAGCUGCCCUCAGUGUAGACAGACCUUCACACCGAGGCCUGUCCUGCAGAGAAACACCAUGUUAGCAGAGUUAGUGGAGGAACUGAAGAAGACUGGACUCCAAGCUGCUCCUGCGGAUCACUGCUAUGCUGGACCUGAAGAUGUGUCCUGUGAUUUCUGCACUGGGAGGAAGUUGAAAGCCUUCAAGUCCUGUCUGGUUUGUCUGGCUUCGUACUGUGAGCAACAUCUCCAGCCUCACUAUGAAUCUCCGACUUUUAAAAAACACAAACUUGUUGAAGCCUCUGCUAAGCUUCAGGACACCAUCUGCUCCCGUCAUGACAAGGUGAUGGAGAUUUUCUGCCGCACUGAUCAGCAGUGUAUCUGUUAUCUCUGCUCUGUGGAUGAACAUAAAGGCCACGACACAGUCUCAGCUGCAGCAGAAAGGACUGAGAGGCAGAGAGAGCUCGAGGUGAGUCGACUAAACAUCCAGCAGAGAAUCCAGGGACAGGGGCGAACGAUGUUGAAGGACCUCCAACAGGAGGUGGAGGCUAUCAAUGGCUCUGCUGAUAACGUGGAGGACAGUGAGAAGAUUCUCACUGAGCUGAUCCGUCUCAUGGAGAAAAGAAGGUGUGUGAAGCAGCAGGUCAGAUCCCAGCAGGAAACUGAAGUGGUCGAGUCAAAGAUCUUCAGGGAGAAGCUGGAGCAGGAGAUCACUGAGCUGAAGAGGAAAGACGCUGAGCUGGAGAAGCUCUCACACACAGAGGACCACAACCAGUUUCUACACAACUACCCCUCACUGUCACGACUCAGCCACUCUACAGACUCAUCCAGCAUCAUCCGUCCUCUGAGGGACUUUGAGGAUGUGACAGCUGCUGUGUCAGAGCUCAGAGAUAAACUACAGGACGUUCUGAGGGACCAACGGACAAACAUCUCACUGACAGACACUAAAGUCCAUGUUUCACUGUCAGGACCAGAACCAGAGCCCAAGCCAGAGCUGAGUUCCUAAAAUAUUCACUGAACUCACACUGAUCCAAACACAGCACACACAUGGCUGUUAUUAUCUGGGGGGAA